GAUUGCAUUAGAGAUCGGGUGGAAAAAGUGGUAACACUAGCGCUGUCUCUAUUCUACGGGUAUUUAGUGUUGCUUUUCUCGAUCGUUAGCGUCAUUAGGAAUAGGAGUAAGUUUUUUCAGGUCCGGCGCCGGGAUGUGAGCCCCGACUGUCUCAGGGAUCCCGCACUCGGCACACAUCACUUCAUACAAUUGAGGGACGUAAAACUGCAUUACGUGUCAAAUGGGGACGAAAACAAUCAGACAAUGCUUUUCAUACACGGAUUCCCAGAGUUUUGGUACUCUUGGAGGCAUCAGAUCCGGGAGUUCGCCAAAGACUAUCACGUGAUAGCAGUGGACAAUCGGGGUUACGGCGAUUCAGACAAACCGUCCGGUAUUGGCAACUAUACGAUCGACAAACUGGUCGAAGACAUACGGGAACUGUUGGCCGCACUCGACAAACAGGACAUCGUAUUGGUAGCGCACGACUGGGGCGGUGCUAUCGCCUGGAACUUCGCGGCCAAACACCCGUCACUAUUGGAUCGGUUGGUCGUAUUAAACGGACCGCACCCGCAGGCCUUCGCCGACGUGAUCCAGAGGUCUUGGAAGCAGUUCUUCAGCUCGUGGUAUAUGUUUUUCUUUAACCUACCGCUUCUGCCGGAACUGGUGCUCCUGAGUAACGAUCUGAGCCUAUUGGCCGACUUUAUGGUGUCGGCCGACGGACACCAGAUGCUCACCACCGAAGACAUAGAGGCCUAUAAAUACAUGUUUUCAAAGUAUAAUAGCCUCACGUGUCCAUUGAAUUAUUACCGCGCGGUUAUGCGUAAAUACCCGUCGGAAAAGCCCCGCUCUUUACAGAUUACUGUUCCCACACUUUAUAAUAGCCUCACGUGUCCAUUGAAUUAUUACCGCGCGGUUAUGCGUAAAUACCCGUCGGAAAAGCCCCGCUCUUUACAGAUUACUGUUCCCACACUUGUUAUUUGGGGCAAACGUGAUAUAGCAUUAGUGCCACAAUUGGCUGACACCUCGCGCCGAUAUGUCAAUGACAUGACACUGCAGUACAUCGAGAACUGUUCCCAUUGGACACAAAUGGAUCAGCCGGUGAUUGUCAACCAAUAUAUCAGACAAUACUUAACCGCUAAACGAGAUUAACAUAGCUUUUAACAAAACAUAGAAUUAACAGUAAUUGAAAUAAUUUAUG